AUGGAAAGUAUUAAAAGUCCUUAUAGUAUAUCAAUUCUAGAAAAAACGCAUAUCAAACGUCGUCCAUUGGAUCAAGUUUUAAAGAAUGCUAAUAAAACUGCGAUGGAUUUACUCAAUCAGAUGAUUAACUUUAAUCCACACAAAAGAAUUGAUGCCUUACAUGCCCUCAAACAUCCAUAUGUUCGCAAAUUUUUCAAUUCGGAAGAAAUUAUGACUAAAACCCAUCAUGUUGUUCCACCAUUGGAUGAUAAUGUUCAACUGACUGUCACUGAAUAUCGUAAUCGUUUAUAUCAGAUAAUCAAUUCAAAGAAACUACGCAAACACAUUCGAACAAAAUCCACUGAUCAAUCUGAGAGUAAGAAUGCGAGUACAACAUGCACAGAAAAUGACAACACUACUGAACUUCUCACAGUAAGAAAUACAACACCGGUAGAAAACUCUCGAAAUUCCAGUUGUCAAGGCAUCCACUGGAAAGAAAGUUUACCAAAUUCACAAACACCUUGUGGUAUGAGCGUGAAUGAUAUAAACCAGGCCUAUUCAAAAUCAAUGAAUAAAAUAUCUACUAAUCGUGGAUGUCCACAAAAUCCUAAUAUGGGUGAUUGGAACCCAGAAAAUACAAGACCUAUUUCUGAUUUGGCUACAUAUACUGUGGUAUCCAAAUCUUCAGUAUCAGUAGCUAGACCUUGUUCACAAAUAGAAACAACAACAAAAGCAACAGACGAACCUUCUCGGAUUAGUGAAGACAACAAUCAUAAUGACAAUGGCGAAGAAAAGGAAUCAUAUGGAGGAAUACUGAUGGAAUCUUCAGAAGUGAUGAAAUCAUCAGUGGACCAAACGACAACUGUAAACAAUACUACUACUGCUAACAAGAAUAAUCAUAAACAGUGUCAUGCAUUUUCUAAUAAGGAGUCAAGAAUGUGUAACUCUACAACAGAUUAUUAUUCUGUCAAUGAAGUUGGCAGUGAAAUAUCAAAUCAUAACGGUGGUAGUAUUGGUAACAAUAAUAAUCAAAAAUGCAUUGCACCAAGUAAUUUACGAACUAUACAGAAUCUUAGUGAAUCAACGCUAAAUAUUUUGAAUUCUGAAUGCAAUAAGUCAACCAGCGGACAAAUUCCUCACAAUACUUCUAAUAAUGACAGCGAUAACAACAAUAACAAUAUGAGCAAUGGUCAACACAAUUUAAGCACUAACUGGAAGUUGAACGCAUCAAAUUCAAGCAAUAGAAUGAAUAAUGCAUUUCGAAAGUCUUUUUCUUCAACAAGUCUACCAUCAGUUAAAGGGAAAUUAGAUCAUCAAAUGAAUGCAAAAAUUACACAACAACAAAAUCAAAUGUCAGAUAAUGCCUACAGUGAUUACCAAUCAUCUUCACAACAGUAUCAGCAUCAUUCACAUCCGCCACCUCAUCCUCAUUCACAACACCAGUAUCAAUCUUUAAAGAAUUCAACACUAAAUCUUCUUUCAAAUGACCAGGUGAAUGUAAUCCGUGCAAGUAAUGAUUCGUUGAUUGAAAUAAAGAAAGCGGAAAAUGCAGUGAAAAAAUCUGAUGAAUCUGGAAGUCCACUUGUCAAAACCUUGACAUCAAUAAAUAACAGAUUGAAUCAUCUACUUGCAACAUCAUCAUCACCUGCAUCAUCAUCGACAGAACACUUAAACUAUCCUAAUAACAACACAGGAAAUAAAUCCAAAUCAUCAAUAUAUCAUCAACGGUUAACAACUAAUCAUAAUUCAUCUGAGCAGAAUAUUGUGUCAAAUUUCAAUUAUAUGGAUACUUACCAUAAGUAUAAGUUUAGUAAAUCAACAAAUAACUUAUUCAAUAAUUUGAAUGCAUCAACUAGUGGUUAUUUAACACCAAGUCAAAAGCAUCAAACUACUUCAAAUUUGAGUAAAGAACAAGACUGUAAAUCGAAUUUCGAGAAUAAAAUUACUGAGCCUGAAGCACAAAACCGACGGUUUUCGUCAGCUCCAUUACUGCCUACCUCCUUGUCUGGAUAUGUAAUGCAGCAUAAACCUACAUAUCAUCUUGGUAAUAAUAACGUUUCUUCAUCGUCAUCUUCCCCUCCAAAUACUACCGACAAUACCGCUGCUAAUAAUUCUGCCGGCAAAAUUAUUCAUAAUAAUGGUUUUAAUACAUCAAUUUCAAUGAAAUAUUCAUCGAAAGUAAGUUCAGUAAUGGGCCCAACAACCAGUGGUACUCCUGAUAUCAGAUUACACUCAACAAGGGAUUUGGACAAUUUAUUCCGAGAUUACAGACUGCGUAGAACAUCUGCAAGUCCAUUAGUGGAUGAAGCUAUUUCUGCUAACUAUACCAACGGUAUUAAUAAUCAUAACGGCAACAGUAGUUUACCAUAUUAUCAUCGUUCAAGCGGUCACCAUUAUGGUACAAGUCAGUCACUACUGAGUGGAAAUAAUGAUCGCUUCAGUGAAUUUGGAAAAUCACCGGUUAAAAAUAAGUCAAGUAACAUGUUGGAUACUGUAAUGGAGUCCACGAAUAAUUUUAGAAUAAAUUCAACAAAUGGUGACAGUCAGGCAUCAAAUACAAUCCAAUCGAAAAUCAUAUCAAAUGGAACAUGCAGUGAAUCAAAUAAUUCUCUGAAAUAUCAUCCAUCAAUUUUACCGUCUAAUAUUCCAGUAUUUCAGUCGAAUGAUAACUUAUUCCAUCCAAGCAGAACUGCAAAUUUGAAGCAACCGGCCGCAAAAUUGAUCUCGACUAUAAAAUACCCAAACAGAUCUGUUCUGGAGACGAUGAACUCCAACAAGCACGCUCUUGUCAUAAAUCGCACUAGACAGCGUUUAGUACCACAGCAUGUAUUAUCACGGUUAAAAUCUGUCAAAGAUAUUAACAAAGGAGAGACAAGUUAUUCGAAUCAUAUGACAUAG